CAAGCAGCUAAUUUCGGGAGGCUGUUCCCUUGCUUCUGGGUAGAGAUCUCCACGUCCACGCUGGGUGGGCUGGACCCAAAGGUAACGCUUCUGCCUCCAUAGACCUCCAGGCAGCAUUCGGAUUCCAUUUGCAUAGGACAAAGCGCGGUCCUGAGCCACCUGAUGCAUUCGAAGUCAUCGGGCGACUUCUCCAUCCUGGGCUCAGAGACUUGCCCCACCCGGUGUCGGGGAUGGAGGUGGUUGAGGGCAGGGUGCACAUUCCAGGGUAUAAAUCCUUCCCUGUCCCUCCUGUCUGGAGGAGGCUGAGCAGAGAGAUUCCUCAGUGUCCAGCCCCGUGGGCCAAGCGGGUCCGCGUGUGGGAGUUUCCCGUAGGACCCGUCGGGGCGAUCCGUCCACCCGGAGGCUCAGCUCAGGGGUCCAAGGCUACAGCUCAGGCAUCCCUGGUCACCCUGCACCUGGGCAAUUCCAUGUUUGACAAAGAUGUCUACCUUAGGCAUGGCGUCCUACGAGCUGCGAUUUGUGCAAAUUUGGACCUUCCCAGACGCACGGAAAUUCACACCAGCCUCUCCACCCGGGAGAGAAGGACACUGUCCCCCGAGGUCCCCGCCUCUGUGCACAUGUUGCCCUCCGCCAGUCACAGCCCCUGCGACAUUGUCUUGAGCGGAUCUCGUGUGCGGAAGUUACAGCGAUGGUGUGGAGGUAGUUCGUUUGGACUGACUCCUGACCAGGCAGCUCAGCAAAGAGUUUCGGAGGGCAGCCUCUGGAGAGUUCUUUGCACAGGAACGUUUGGGCGCGUGCAGCUGGUCAAGGACAAGACGGCCAAGCACUUCUUCGCCCUGAAGGUGAUGAGCAUCCCGGAUGUCAUCCGGCUGAAGCAGGAGCAGCACGUGCACAACGAGAAGUCGGUGCUGAAGGAAGUCAGCCACCCAUUCCUGGUCAAGCUGUUCUGGACGUGCCACGACGAGCGCUUCCUGUACAUGCUCAUGGAGUUCGUGCCGGGCGGCGAGCUGUUCACCUACCUGCGGAACCGCGGCCGCUUCUCGGGCGGCACCGGGCUCUUCUACUCCGCGGAGAUCGUGUGCGCCAUCGAGUACCUGCACUCGAAGCACAUCGUCUACCGCGACCUCAAGCCCGAGAACAUUCUGCUGGACCGGGACGGCCACAUCAAGCUCACCGACUUCGGGUUCGCCAAGAAACUGGUAGACAAGACGUGGACGCUGUGCGGCACGCCCGAGUACCUGGCCCCUGAAGUCAUCCAGAGCAAGGGCCACGGGAGGGCCGUGGACUGGUGGGCGCUCGGCAUCCUGAUAUUCGAGAUGCACUCGGGGUUCCCUCCAUUUUUCGAUGACAACCCAUUUGGCAUUUAUCAAAAAAUUCUGGCAGGCAAAAUCGACUUCCCCAGACAUUUGGAUUUCAGUGUGAAAGACCUCAUCAAGAAAUUGCUUGUCGUUGACCGAACGAGACGGCUCGGAAACAUGAAGAACGGAGCGGAGGACGUGAAACGACACCGGUGGUUCCGCACCGUGGACUGGGAGGCCGUCCCGCAGAGGAAGCUGAAGCCGCCCAUCGUGCCCAAGCUGUGCGGCGAGGGCGACACCUCCAACUUCGACGCGUACCCCGACAGCAGCUGGAACACGGCGCCCCCGGUGUCGGCCAAGGACCUGGAAGUCUUCAAGAAUUUCUGAGACACGCACCCACGCGUGGAAGAAGAAACAGGACGAUUUGAACCUGUUGGGGACUAAGACUGCGGGACAUUAGCCCGGGAGAAGGUGAUGUCCACGGGAUCAAGACAUUUGCAUCCUCUGUACGCCUGGAUGUAUAUAAAGAGACUGGCAACCCAUAGAAAGCCGUGGACCUGGCCUUAUUUAAGCAACUGGAAGUCUACUGCACAGUAGGACGUUUUGGGAAACUGUUUGGUUGUAGAUUUUAUCUUCUCUCUUAGUGCGAUGAACCUACUGUGACUUCUCCGCUUUCCUCAUAAUUUUCCCUUUAUGAGUUUGAACCAAACGUGUCCAACUAUAACCACAGAGGGCAGGCGUGUGUACGCGUGUGCGGGUGUGGGUAGCACAGGGAAACCAUGCGUUGAUGUAAAUAUUCAUACUUGGCCGAGCCGAUGAUUCUUAUUUUUCAAACUGC